UUAAAUUCCAGUGUGGUAACUUGACACACCUGUAAUAAAAAGGCGUAUGCACUGGAAAAAGUAUUUGCAAACUUUUAGCCGUUCGUCGUUCACCUCGAAGCAAGUUCACACAGCCAUCAUGAGAGAGGUUACAACUUUGGAGGAGUUCCAGGCCAUCCUGAAGGAGGAAGCUGGAGACAAGCUGGUGGUGGUGGACUUCAAAGCCAAAUGCUGUUGCCACUGUCAAAUGAUUGGCCCAAAAUUUGAAAAAAUGGAAAAGACAUUCGCCGAUGAAAAAAAAGAAGUGAUUUUCCUGAAAGUGGACGUGACUGAGGGCGCGAAAAUUAUUGAAGAGUACCCUGUCAGGGCCAUUCCAACAUUCAUGUUUUUCAAGGAUGCAAAGAAGGUGGAUGAGCUCGUUAGUUCUAAUGAAAAAAAACUGCUUAAAAAACUGAUCGCUUUGUCAUCAUCAAGUCCCACCGACCAAUGUACACAUACCCAAACACAUUAAAGAUUGACUUUUCUCCUGACUAACUUUCUCUGUAUGUUGUGUUCAACAAGGUGGAUUUAAUAAAAUUAGACUUUAUUACUGAAGGGUCAUAUUUGUGCUACUGAUUCAACGUCUUUCUUUUCCUCACUGUCUACUACCUAUCACCUCUGUCACCCAUCAAUAUUUAAAAUAACAGGUUUUACCAUCCUCAGAAAUAUGCUUGUUUUGCAAGUUUAGAUGACUCAUAACUGAUGGAAAAAUCCAAUUGCAGUGUUGAUUCAAGUUAGGAUUUCCUAGAAUACUUUUUGACAAGCCCCAUAGAUCUCAUAUAACAUGCACACUAUUAUCCAAGACAGCAUGGAAAUCCUACUCUGCUGUAGGUUCCUUAAAACUUAACAUUGCAUCUUUAUAUUGAGAUCUAUAGUGAUACAAUCUUAAUAAAAUAAACUUGCAAGUGAAAUAAA